AUGUCUACUUCUUCAGAUUCUCGUACUAUGGCCUCAUCGACCUCAUUCACAGGCCAUCCGAAUAGCUAUAUGCCUCGAAGACCAUAUGCUCAACUUCCGAGCUAUAGAAGUACCCCGUCAAACGCAGAAACCGUCACCAUCCCCCGCUCGGAAUAUGAUCGUCUGCUCCAAGAUUCGCAACAUUUUGCUAAAUUAAGAACCUCACUCCUUAAUGGAGGGUUGUCCCAGGAAACUCUUGAUGUCUUGAUUUACGGGGCUGCUCAGCAGCCUUCUCACCAAACUAGCCGCGAAAAUAGCUCUCAGAGCCCAGCGAAAUCGCAUGCGGCGUUCGAGAACAAGGCCCCUGGCUGUCAUGAACACUUAGACGUGAAAGUUCAUGACCCUGAAGAUUUCGCCAUUGGUGAAGAUGAGGACGAAGACGAAGACGCUCUCCUGGAUUCUCAUGACAGCGAAGACAAGGAUGACUAUGAUGAGUCUUCCAGAAGUGCAGGAUCGUCUCCGACUCCAAGCGCCCAACGUACCGUGCUAAUUCGGAAUCUUCCCGACCGUAUCGCGCACAGAGACAUCGUCGCAGCCAUAAAGGGCGGAGCCCUACUGCACAUCUAUUUACGUGCGCGGGAACACAUGGCCAGUGUGUCUUUUGUCGAGGAAGCGGCCGCUCGUGAAUUCUUCCGGACUGCGAAGACCUACGGUCUCAUUGUUGCUGGGAAGCGCGUGGAAGUGGGUUGGAAUGACAGACAGUUCUACCUUCCUCCGUAUGUCCGGGCCAAAAUUGACAAUGGAGCAUCGCGCAAUCUAGUCGUCUACAAUGUACAGCCGAACGUCACGGAGUGGGUCAUCCGGAAGGAUCUGGACCAUAUCCACAACCUAAUCGUGAUCUCGGUACAAUUCAAGAAUGGCAAUGCCUACAUCUCCACCAAUUCAGUGCAUAAUGCGCUCUUUGCACGCUCCUGCAUGAUGUCUCGGUUCACGUACAAGGGCAUGAAAAUUGGGUUCUAUCCGGACGAGUGUUUAGGUACCCCGGGGAAGUACCCCAAGAAAGAACCACAAGCACCGGCAAAGAAAACCGGCUCCGUGCCCAAUCGUUUUCAACUUCUGUCCCUGGAUGGAGCCGACGAUGAGGACGACCAUCCCAGCCAUGACGGACUGGGAAGGAUGAACAAUGGAAUGCGAUGGGCUGAUAAUAGCGUUACCGCCUGA